CGAUAUUACUUUUUAAAUUUGCAGCAUCCGUCUCCUCUUCCUUUCUCUCUCAUCAUCUCUCCCCACUUCCUUGUCUCUACCCUCACGCUUCUUCAAUCAUUUCCUUCAGCCUUGUGCCGGCACCUCCUCUUCAUCUUUCUCUUCUCACUCUCUCACUGCCUCUGCAACCUCUAACCUCCCUUCUACAAAGAUGAAUAGAUGACAAUCUUUUACCUCCUCCUCCUCAUAUUUGAAACAAAGCAACCAACAACGGAAACAUAAAACAUGUUCAAAACCAACGAAGGAACAGGUCAAUGAGGGAAUGGAAGAAUGCUGAUGGUGGUGUGGUCGCCAAAUUUGAGAAAAGUGGGUGUAUAUGACAUCGAUGAUAGGUGGGGAUGAGGUUAAUGGUGAUGCUCUGUCCGAAGAGGCCGAAGUCGUUGGUGCUCGGAUUCGCAGAGAUCUAGAAGGACAAAAGAGGAAGAAGGAAGCUUUUAAUUUAGGUGAGGAAAGAAGGGGGGGAUUGCAGAGAGGAGGAGGAAGUGGAAUUAAGGUUGACACCGGCAAUGACGGUGAUUCUGGUGAAGGUAAAGGAGAGAGAGAGGGCAACGAUGAAUCAUCCGUGAAGAGAGAGAAAGGAAGAGAAGAGGAGGGAGAUACCACAUCAGCAUGUAGGUGGGCCUCACCAUCUAAAAUGUAAAACUUGCUAGCAUUUACACAUGGACAAUUGAUCUAAAUGUUAGGUUGCUUCAACUUUGAUCAAAUUGCAGGUAAGGACUAAGCAAGACUGUUCAUAGCUUUUUUAAUUUGGAAAAAUUAC